UUCUCAAGUUUCAACCCCAAUUCACCCCCAAAUUCCUAGACAAUCCUGCAAUUCUCAUUGGAAUUGGUCAAGAAGCAACCCUUACUUAAAGAACACAUUCAGAAAUGAAGCUGAUUAUUAGAACAGCGCAGCAGCAGCAUAGGCUGCUAAAAAACAAUCCUGCAAUUCUCAUUGGAAUUUGUCAAGAAGCAACCCUUACUUAAAGAACACAUGCAGAAAUGAAGUUGAUUAUUAGAAGAGCGCAGCAGCAGCAUAGGCUGCUAAAAAACCCUAGCGUAUAAGUUGACGUAGAAAAACACAAAAAAUAAAAAAAAUUAUUUUUUCUCGCCUCAGGGGGCAGAUGUUCGAUAGGAUCAAUCAAUUGGUUGAUUGGUUCAAGGCCUACUAUAGAGAUCCUAUACCUGGGGUCAAACAUCUGCCAAACAAGAUGCAGCAACCUCCACCAGCACCAUCAUACCCUGAAAUAUCUAAUUCACGAUCUCAUAUCCACCCGCCAUACAUUCCGACUGCCGGAACGAUAACCCCAUAUUCUCAAGUCUCAACUCCAAUUUACCCCCAAAUUCCCAGACAAUCCUGCAAUUCUCAUUGGAAUUGGUCAAGAAGCAACCCUUACUCAAAGGACACAUGCAGAAAUGAAGCUGAUUAUUAGAGGAGCGCAGCAGCAGCAUGGGCUGCUAAAAAACCCUAGCGUAUAAGUUGACGUAGAAAAACACAAAAAAAUAAAAAAAAUAAUUUUUUCUCGCCUCAUUUUUAUGAAUUUUUCAUUUUUAUUCA